AUGGGUCACGAAUUACUCACCGAUCCUCUUCUGGGCAUCAACCAUAAAACGAUCGGAGUGAAGAAGAAACAGAGAAGUAAUCAAAAGAUUGCUCUUUGUCUGGUUCUGAUUCUUGUCGCAAUUUCAGGGUAUUGCUUUAGUGACAACAUAACAAUCUUGUUGUCAAGACAAGAAACCAGUCACAGUCUUAGCUAUGGAACCGGUAAUGACGUGGUUGAAUCAGAGAACGGUGUUGUGGCGGCUGACGACGGUCGUUGCUCUGAGAUCGGAGCUUCUGUGCUCAGAAGAGGCGGUCACGCGGUGGACGCCGCCGUGGCUACUUCCUUAUGUGUCGGUGUUGUUAAUCCGAUGUCUAGUGGAAUCGGCGGUGGAUCUUUCUUGAUCGUUAGCUCGUCGGAUUAUUCCAAUGCCGAGGCUUUCGAUAUGAGAGAAACCGCUCCAUUAGCUGCUUCUAAGGAUAUGUAUAAGAACGAUGCUAGUGCGAAAUUCCUUGGCGCAUUGUCCAUUGGAGUUCCGGGAGAGAUAGCUGGACUUUACGAAGCUUGGAAACGGUAUGGCCGUCUUCCGUGGAAACCGCUUUUUGAGCCGGCAAUUGAGCUAGCCCGAGGCGGUUUCGUGGUGGCUCCGUAUCUUGGACGGGCCAUAGCAAGCCACUCUUCGAUGAUACUUAAAGACCCCGGUUUGCGGAAUGUUUUCUCAAGAAACGGACAGGUUUUAAAACCCGGUGAGACUUGUUAUAACCCUCAGCUUGCUUGGAGUCUAGAGACGAUCUCUGAGCUAGGACCGGGAGCGUUCUACAAUGGGACAGUAGGCGAAAAGCUAGUUAAUGAUGUGAAAAUGGCGGGAGGGAUCAUAACAAUGGAGGAUUUAAGGAGUUAUAAAGUCCGAGUUACCGAUGCAAUGUCUGUGGAUGUUAUGGGUUACACAAUUCACGGAAUGCCGCCCCCUUCGAGUGGAACAGUCGGUUUUCCAAUGGUUAUGAAUAUCUUGGACAGCUACUCGGAACUAUACACUGCUUCGGGAAAUGAUCUCGGCCUGCACCGUUUGAUAGAAGCAAUGAAGCAUAUGUUUGCGGCUCGGAUGGAUCUUGGAGACCCCGAGUUUGUCGACAUAACAAACGCUAUGAGCCAAAUGCUCUCAAAGACUCAUGCGGAAGAAAUCCAAAAGAGGAUUUUCGAUAACACGACAUUCCCACCAGAGUACUAUUUGAACCGUUGGAGCCAACUCAGGGACCAAGGUACUAGUCAUUUCUGCAUUGUGGAUGCAGACCGAAACACUGUCUCGAUGACCACAACAGUCAAUUACGUUUUUGGUGCCGGGGUUUUAUCCCCUUCCACUGGAAUUGUACUCAACAACGAGAUGGAUGAUUUCUCGGUACCCACAGCAAUCACUCCUGACAAUCUCCCUCCGGCACCUACAAAUUUCAUUGUACCAAACAAAAGACCAUUAUCUUCCAUGACACCUCUCGUCAUCACCAAGGACGGUCAGUUGGUGGGGGUGCUGGGAGGAAGUGGCGGAAUGAAUAUAAUUCCGGCAGUGAUUCAAGUGUUCCUUAAUAGCUUUGUGUUGAAGAUGAAACCUCUAGAAGCUGUAGAGAGUGCAAGAGUGUACCAUGAGUUAAUACCUAAUGUUGUUCGAUAUGAGAACUUCACGGCGAUCAACGGCGAUCGCAUAGGAUUUACAGAAGAUAGCAAGAUGUUUUUGGAACAGAGACGACAUGAACUCAAGGAGAUAUCAGGUGGAGCCAUUGUUCAACUUAUUGUUCAAAGUUUAAAGGAAGAAAAACAAGAAGAAGAUAUGAUUAUCGAAAUUGCAAGGAAAUUUGGGAAAGAUUAUCCGAAGAAACCGAAACAAUUCAAAGGUUUACUCACUGCAGUUAGUGAUCCUCGAAAAGAUGGGAAACCAGCUGCGGUUUGA